AUGUGGGACUAUUCUGACGAUGAAUGCGAGUCCGAGGUGUGCGAGGAGUAUCCCCCUGACCAGCCAGAGGAAAGGGAGAUCGUGGCGAAUCCUCACUUGCUCCAACGUGCCCUUGACAACCUUCUGGAAAGGUCUCCUGACAAAGUAUUCGCCCUAGACUGCGAGUGGCGGCCAAGCUACAGAAGAGGGGAGAGGAACCCGGUGGCUCUGCUGACAAUAGCAUCACAACACCAUGUGACCCUCAUCCGGCUGUGCCGCAUGUAUUUCAGAGAUGGCUUGCUCCCAGCCACCCUCAUGGACUUCCUUUGUGAUGGGGGAUGCCACUUCCUGGGCAGCGGCUGGAGCUCUGACAGCUCGGCAUUGGAAUACUCGUAUGGUGUACCCAAGGAGACCUGGCAAGGAUUGCUGGACAUUCAGGCAGUGUCAAAAAGCAUCAACCCACAGCUGCGAGUGGGCCUGCAAAGUAUGGUGCAGCACUAUCUGGGCUUCAGGCCGCCCAAGAGCAGUAUAAUCACAAUGGGGGACUGGGAGGCCCAGUGGCUGUCAGACGCGCAGAUCAACUAUGCUGCGCUGGAUGCACUGGGAGAGCGCAACAGAGUGGCCUUGCUCACCAUUGCGACACCGGAUCGCGUGUUGCUUCUGAGGCUGUGCCGUAUGCACCUGGAUGGCGAUGUACUACCCGACGUCCUGUUGGACUUUCUGGAGGACGAGGGCAACCACUUCCUGGGCAAUGGCUGGACCUCUGACAGCUCUGCGCUGGAGUUCUCCUAUGAUAUCCAGAGAGGGACAUGGAACCGCUUGAUUGACAUCCAGCACAUCGCGCGGCAGAUGAACGACGAGAUGCGCGUGGGCCUGAAGCAGACAGUGCGGCACUACCUGGGCUUCUAUCCCCCCAAGGGCCCCCAGAUAACGCUGGGGGACUGGGAGGCAUUCCGGCUGUCAGAGGCCCAGAUCAACUAUGCAGCGCUGGAUGCGCUGUAUGUGGGAGAAAUCGUGGCAAAUCCCUCCAGGGUUGGUGCGGCGUUGAGGAGGCUGUACAACACAUCACAGGACAAGGUCUUCGCGCUAGACUGUGAGUGGGUACCCAACCUGAAGCACGGCGAGCGACAUCCGGUGGCCCUGCUCACCAUAGCUUCAGCCAGUCACGUCGUGCUGCUGCGGCUGUGCAAAAUGAGGCUGGGAGGGAAGCUGCCCGAUGAUCUGAUGGAAUUCCUGGAACACCCAGAUAUGCAGUUCUUGGGCACAGGCUGGGCCUCAGAUGUUCGCGAGUUGGAGUAUUCUUAUGGCAUCCCCAGCAAGACGUGGGACGGGCUGGUGGAUCUACAGAAGGUGGUGCGGGAGAUGUUCCCAGGGCAGGACCAGCGAAUCGGGCUGAAGCACCUGGUCUGGCAGUUCCUGGGCUUCUGGCCGCCCAAGGGGUGCGCCAUUACUCUGGGGGACUGGGAGGCACAGUGGCUGACGCGCGCGCAGAUCAACUACGCCAUGCUGGAUGCGCUGUAUGUCGGCGAGAUCUUCCGCUGCAUGCGCUGCCUCCAGGAGCAGUGGCAGGCGGAGGAGUGGCACAUGCGCUGCAUGCAGGGUGGCUGGUACGCGCACGUGGGGCAGAUCGCCGAGGCUGCAGCGCCCGAGGAGGGGGAAGCAUUUGCCGAGCAGGAUACGGCCGGCGCCGAGGAGGCAGAGUGGGACUAUGAGGAGCAGCUUGCAGCGCAGGAAGAGUGGGAGGCCGAGCAGCAGGAGCUGGCAACGCGCAUGCAAGGCUGCUCGGUGUACUGAAUAUCGUGUACUGCACUGCGUUGCUCUGGCGCCGUUGCGGCGUAGGAUCUGCGCUUGAGCGCUGGUGUCUCAUGUUGUGUCAGCGGAGUUGGGCGUUGCACACCCUGUGAGCGCCUUGUAUGUAUUUUACUGUCGGGCAGCGGCGGGGCAUUGGGGGAUGCCUGGUUGCUGGUUCUUGUUGGGUCUUGAGGGCCUGUUGUUCAAUAACUCAGAUCAGCUGCAUACGGACAGUGUACAGAAGACAGUUGGCACAAUAAACGUCGAGCGAGUGCGCUGAGAUUGUGAUGAUUCGGCAUCAGAGUCCCUGAGAGUGAAGUUGUUUCAGACAGAUUGUGAGUGUGGUUAAGGUGGGUCUGCCCAGAGUGUGUACGUGAUUGUUUCAACCAAUGAUAUAACAAUAUCCACCAGUACUGGGAUAUUUUGAGCACGCCCAGGCUGGAACAACAUCAUCUUAGGUGGCAUCACAAAUCAUUUGUAACAUGCGAAAACAU